GCAGGAGGUGAAGGCAAUUUUCCCCCAGCUUUUCCUGGCACUGCUUUUCCAAGUGUCAUUCACCACUGAGCUGAUGCCUGCGGAGGUGCUGAUGUGGUGGGACAACCAACAGGAGCAGUGCACUCCUAUCAGGUCUGCCGUGCAGUCCAUGAGAGUGCUGCUCUGCAGCAUGGGCUUGGAGAGCCAGGUGCUGGCCAUCCAGGAACAGGGGGGCUGGGACGCCCUGCUCAGAGCCAAGACCCACCUCAUGGGAGUGCGCAUCGUGGCCAGGGAGAUGAUGGAGAUGCCAACGCUCCUGCGCUCCACCUUCUUCUGCCAGCUGGCAGAGAUCCUCAGCGGGAAGGACCCGAGCUGUGAGAUGAUUGCCAUGGUCUUCUUCAUUGAGACAGUGGAGUGCUCUGACUGUGAGGAGGAGCUGCAACGUGCCCUGAAAAUCCUGGCCAUGUAUCUGCAGAGCCAGUGCCUGGGGAUGCCCAGCCUGGUGCUCAGAGCCAUCCUCAGGCUCACCCAGAGGCCCGACACAGCAAGGAAAACCCUCGUCCUGCUGCCACUCGUCCUGGAGCGGCUGCGGGAUGACGACGGCGCCAGCAGCGCCGCAGCCCUGCCCGUGCUCGCCGCCAUGCUGCGGCUGCUUGAGGGGAGGAGGCUCAACCUCGCCGCCCUGGAGCUGGCUGACAAGCUCUGGCCCCUCUUUGGCAACGAGUCGGACACUGUGCGGGAGCUCUCCAUCCGUCUCUUCCGAGAUGCGAUGAGGCUCGUGGCGCGCCAAGGGAAGGAAAAGAUGAAGAAGGUGGUGUGCAACAGCCUGCUGCCACUGCUCUUCCACCUGCACGACGAGAGCAAGAGUGUGGCCCAGCAUCAGUCCCCAGCCGGUGCAUCUUCCCCAGAUGGCCCAGGACAGGCGGCUCUGAGCCCUGCCAAGAGAGGGGGCACCGGGUCCUGUGCCCCUGCUAAUGGUGGUGGCAUCUCUGCUGCUCUCCAGGCCUCCCAGGAAGCUCUCCGCAGCGCUGGCCACUUCCUGAACUGGAGGAGGCUGGCACAGCUGGCUGGGACUCAGCAGGCAUGGAGCAUCCGCGAGCGCUUGCUGUCCAAGAACAGGAGCAGGGCCAAGGACUACCUGCACCAGAGCCAGAGCUACCUGCGGAACCCUCAGGAGGCCCUGCGGCUGGAGGCUGUGAGGUUCAUUGGCCUCAUCGGAAGACUGAUGGAUGAACGGGAGGACAUGGAGCAUGUCAGAGAGGUCCUUGAAGAUGCGAGGAGAGAUGACAGCCCCCUGGUCUCCUCCCUGCUGACUCAGACCAUCCUUAUCCUUGGACAAAGAAGGGCCAUCAAGAUCGUAGGCAAGAUCGUCCUGCAGCCCGCCUGCCAGCAGGAGGUGAAGGCAAUUUUCCCCCAGCUUUUCCUGGCACUGCUUUUCCAAGUGUCAUUCACCGUGGAGCUGAUGCUAUUCGAGGUGCUGAUGUGGUGGGACAAACAACAGAAGCAGUUCACUCCUAACAGGUGCUCCAUCCCUGUCCUGGCCCUGCUGGAGACUGAGCUUGGACCCCACAAUGUCCGCAGGUCCCUUGGCCAGCCGGAGGCUCUGUGGUGGUGGCUGCUGCAGGAGGAGCCCAUUGACUGCCUGGACACCGCGGUGCGGCAGCAAGCCAUGCUGGCCAUGGCCACCAUGAGUCUGAAGAGCAUCUCUCUGUCCCUGCAGUAG